AUGAGUCGCGAGCAAAUUUUCCCCAGCACCCAGCCUCGGGAGAGCGCCCUUCAAUAUGUGACCAACAAUGGGCAAUACACUCUUCGAGUCAACGAAUUCCUUCCUGCCGCCAGACCAAGUGGCCAGGAGGCGUACAGCUCCUUCGUGACUAAUCACCGAGCACCUGAUGUACGCAUCCACAUUUUCGCCAGAGAAAUUCUUACUCGCAUUCUGAUGACUCGUGACUAG